AUGGUUGUGAAGCAGCACUCCGGCUGCCUGCGCUGCUGCCCCUCGCUCCUCCUCCUCUCUCUCGGCCUGCUCGCCGGCGCGGCCAUCGCAGCCGGCAUCUCGCUACUAUUCCCGUGGCGCGCCGUGUCUUUAAUCACCUCGUAUGCGAGCACGGACACGCUUGUCAAGUCGCAGGGAGCGCUGUCGUUCUUAGUUGUGGGGGACUGGGGUCGGAAUGGAGACUACAAUCAAUCGCUCGUGGCGGAGGCGAUGGGGCGAGUGGCAGGGGGGAUCAGCUCCAGCUUUGUCAUUUCAACGGGGGACAACUUCUAUGAGGACGGACUCACAGACAGCAACGACCCGCAGUUCACCUCCUCUUUCUCUGAGAUCUUCCAGGCCCCCAGCCUCCGCACGCAGUGGUAUGCCGUUCUAGGCAACCAUGACUAUCACGGCAAUCCCGAGGCGCAGCUCGAUCCAGCCCUCCGCCUGCGCGACCCCCGCUGGCGCUGCGAGCGCUCGUACAACGUGCGCAGGGACGCGUGCCCCAAGUAUCUGUAUGAGCCCUGCGACGCACCCGUGGAGCUGUUUUUCAUUGACACGUCGCCCAUGCUGAUUGGCUACUGGAAACCCACGGCCAACCAAACAGAGAAGCUGAAUUUCACGGGCAGACCGGAAUAUUCACUCUCAAUCCACUUCCAGAUCGAGACACUGAGAGCAGCCCUUGCGUCUUCAACUGCCAAGUGGAAAAUUGUGAUUGGCCACCACCCCGUGCGCAGCACAGGGGAGAACGGGGAUUCGGCUGAGCUCGUGCAAUACCUUAACCCAAUCCUUAAAGAGCACCAAGUGGACUUCUACAUGAACGGCCAUGAUCAUAACCUGGAGCUUUUCCAAGAACCUGCAAGGUGA